AUGCCCAGCCGAACCUCCACCGCCAGCAACAGUCCGGGCCUCGCGUCUACUGAGCCAGAGCAGAGGCCGACGAAGAAGAUGACUUCGAGCACUGCGACGGCAACGGGAUUGGGUGUGAUGGUGGCGGUAGUGCGGAGGCAUGGCUGGCAGCACGGAAACAAUGGCGGUGCGUCUGGAGCUGGUGCGGUGGAGGAAGGGGAAGGGGUGAGAAAAGGAAAUGUACGGAUUUGUUUGGUUUUUGGGGAUGACGACGAGCUCCGAGUUGGGCAGAAGAUCAAGGAAGAGCUCCCACGGGCCAUUAAGAACUCAAGGAUCUACAUGCCCAUCUUGUCAAGGAACUAUGCGUCCAGCAAAUGGUGCCUCACCGAGCUCGCCACAAUGGUCGAGAUGGCAUCAAAGCCAAAUGGCACAAAAGAGAUCCUCCCCAUUUAUCUCGAUGUGAAUUCAGAUGACGUCAAGCUCAAGACUCCGCUGUACCGUGAUGUGUUUGUGCAGCACGAGACGAACUUUGGAGCCGACCAAGUGAAGGCGUGGCGUGAUGCCCUCUUGGAGAUCGAGGAAAUCAAGAGAUUGGACUUGAAGAAUUAUCGAGGCUAUGGCGACCUCAUUAAAGUGAUCAUCCAGGAAGUCCUGGUUAAGCUGAAUGCCAAAUACAAGAACCUGACUGAACACUUGGUCGAAGAUCAUGUUCAGGUCGAUGCAAUUAUGAAGCUGUUAAGUGUCAACUCUCGUGGUGUGCGUUUCGUGGGAAUCCAUGGAAUAGGUGGUAUUGGAAAGACAACACUAGCGAAAGUCAUUUACAACAAAGUUUCUUCUUGUUUCGAUCGCUGCAGUUUCCUCGAAAAUGUUCGAGAGAUCUCCAGAAGAUCGGACUGUCUUGUACAUUUGCAGAAGCAAUUGCUGUCAAGCAUCCUCGAUUUGAGGUUCAGCAGCGAUACUUUUAUCCACGACGUUGACCAAGGGAUCGACAUGAUAAAGAAGGCACUCUGUGACAAAAAAAUGCUCAUCGUGCUCGACGAUGUGGAUGAGAAAGAUCAGCUCGAAAAGCUGGUUGGGAAGAGCGAUUGGUUCGAAAAUGGAAGCAGGGUCAUCAUAACGACAAGGAACACGAGCAUUGUGACCGACCGGAUGGAAACAUUAAAGGUCGACCCUCCCCGCUAUCGGCAUGGAGAUAUCUUGUCAUAUGAAGUCAAGGAAAUGGGAUGUGGUCAAGCGCUUCAGCUAUUCUGUCGACAUUCGUUUAGGAGAGACUCUCCUACAGAAGAUUAUGACAGCCUAUCGAGACAGAUCGUCUCAGCUUUAGGGAAGCUUCCUUUGGCUAUCGAGGUGAUAGGGUCAUCUCUUUCUGGCGUUUCCCGACAAGGCCUCAUGGGAAGAGACGCUGAAGAAGUUAUAGAAAGUUCCUCCGAAGAAAGUCCAAGAGACGUUGAUGAUAAGUUAUGA